AUUGGCGGCCUCCAGAUGCCUUGAAUUACAAUCCCCAUCAUCCCCAACCAGCAUGGUCAAGUUACUAUACCAUCUCAUAUGCCCCGGACAGCAUCCGCGGAAGUCGUGGGUUGUCUCGAAUUAAUACAUCGGAGUGAGUAAAAUCUGGGAUUUUUUUGUUCGACGGCAACUCCCAGCUGCGAAGGAUGAUGGGCGUUGCAGUCCAACCGGCCACAGCGGCUGAGGACAGCGCAGCUCCCCCGGUGGAGGCUGACUAACCCUUCUAGACCUCGACAACCGUCGUAACCACGAUCUCAACGCGCUCCUCUUUGGGCAACGACGGCAACCCGCAACGCCGCCCUUCCGCUAAGACACCGAAAGCCAGAUCCGGCCCCUAGGAUUGUGGCCGCGGGCCCUCGGAAAAACUCCAACUCCCAGAAUCCUCCCUCCCUCGCUCGCGCUCCGCACCUGCUUGGGGAGCGAGGAGGAGGAGGAGGAGGAGGGACGCCGGGCGGCGCGCGCGCGCGCGAGAGAGAGGGAGAUGAGGAUGGAGCGCGGGGAGGAAGCGCAGCCCGUGCAACGGGCUUCCUACGCCUGGGAGAGCCCCCGCCAGCAUCAUCCGCCGCCGCCGCCUUCGCCGCCCAGCAACCGGGGCAAAUGGGUGCGGCUGAACGUCGGCGGCACGAUUUUCCUGACCACCCGGCAGACCCUGUGCCGGGAGCAGAAGUCCUUCCUCUGCCGCCUCUGCCAGGGAGAGGAGCUCCAGUCGGAUCGGGAUGAGACUGGAGCAUACCUCAUUGAUAGGGACCCAACUUACUUUGGACCCAUUCUGAAUUUCCUCCGACAUGGGAAACUAGUGUUGGACAAAGAUAUGGCUGAGGAAGGGGUGCUGGAAGAAGCUGAAUUCUACAACAUUGGCUCUCUUAUUCGACUGAUAAAGGACAGACUGGAGGAAAAGGACUACACUAUAACACAGGUGCCUCCAAAGCAUGUGUACCGAGUGCUGCAGUGUCAGGAGGAGGAGCUCACGCAGAUGGUUUCCACAAUGUCUGAUGGAUGGCGGUUUGAACAGCUGGUGAAUAUUGGGUCAUCCUAUAAUUAUGGGAAUGAGGACCAAUCAGAGUUUCUGUGCGUCGUCUCAAAGGAGCUGUGCAGCUCACCCAGUGGCCCCUGUCCUGAGCUCAGCCGGAAAGUUAAGAUGCAGAACGCAGAGGAUGAUCCAGAGCAGUUGGAGCAAGUCCUGCCACUCCAGGAAGUGGCGGAGGAACAGGAGGAAGCAGCAGCUGAAGCAGAAGAGGAAAAAAGUGCAGAAAACCCCUGAGGAAGUUGGUGUCAAAAAUAAA